AUGCUGAUAGGGGAUAUUGACCUAGCAAGAUUUAUGAUCCAUUUACAACAGGUUGAGGAGGAUAAGCUAAAGGAUAGAGAGGAGUUUAAGGAUAAGAGGGCUAAGAUAGUAGGGGACGAGUUCAGGCAGCAAAAGAAUGAUGACAAUCAGUCAUCCCUCCCACAGAAACAGAAGGGACCUGCUUCACCAUCUGCUAGUGCACUUGCACCUGAGAACAAAUAUGGGCAAGGUAGUGGAAAUCUAAGCAAUAGGGCCCAAGCUUCAUCAGUUUCUCCCCUAGACAGGAUGGUACCUAGAGGAGCUACCUCUAGUACUGGCGGAGAAGCAAAUCGCCUCUACGCAAUCAACAGUCGCCAAGAGUAA